AUGUCAAACAUCCUUUCCGUGUUCAAUCCGCCCCCUUCUAGAAAUAUACCCGAGAGCGAUCUCCAGGAUUGUCUACCGUGCACUGCGAUUCAAUCGGCAGUUGCCAUCGCGGGAGGACUAUAUUUCAGUUCACCAAACCAGUUCAAGGACAAAGUCACCGGCAAAGUCGACAUUGUCAAGAAUCCGAUCUGGUGGCAGAGGAGUGUACGAGGAGCAGGAAUCAUUUUGUUUGCGUUGGGUGCAUAUCGAGCCGGUGAAGUUGUUCAGAUCUUGUACCAUAAGAAGUUUUCUUGA